GAGCGAGGCUCGGUCCUGGACGAGCAGCCCUGCGCUUCCAGAACCUGCGCCUCCCGCCUCGCCUGCACAGCGGAGGAGGCUGUGCCACAGGGUUCUAAUGGGGCAGCUGCCACGUGGGACUGGGUCGCCAGGAGACCCCGGGAGGCGUUACCUAGCGCUCAGCCCAGCAGUCGUUCUAAUGCGGGUGCCCCGGCCCGUGCCAGGGUGCCUGAGCCCUGCCCCCUCAGAGUGCCACACCCUGGACCUCGGCUCCUGACCCCCUCACGCUCCCCAGAUUUGUGAGGCCCAGAGGCAGCAUGAGAUUUGGCUUCACUGAGCCCCCUUCCCUGGUGCUGGGUGCUCCCCAAGAUCAGGGGCCACGUGCUGUGCUGCAGAUUGGUCACCAGGGACCCUAGAUGGCAUCCUCAGCCCCUGCUCCCACCCUCCACCAAGACCCGUCCCCUGGGCUCCCAGUAGACCCCUGGCCCCGCCUUGCAGCCCCUGUGUACCUUGGGCCCCCUCCUCACCCCAGCCCCGAGGCCCAGUUGGCAGUGUGGCCCUUCUGGCCCACCAGACCCCACCGGGGGCAUGGGUCCAGCUGGCAGGGGCAGUUGGGUGGGAGCCGCAGGUGGUAGCUUCCUGCACCUUCUAGAUGCCUCUGCUCAGGUGGGGGGUUUUGGGGGUGGGGCAGGCAGGCGGUCAGCUUGUAGCUGGUGAUCUGCACACACCAUCUCUCCCCAGCCACUUAUCUUCUGAUCUUCACGCUUGUCAAGGAUGAGCUGGUGUUCCCAGCACAGGGGGUGUGGAGGUGGCCCCAUCCCUUUCCCCGCCGCGGGGGUGGGGCCAGUGCAGAAUAAGCUGGUUCUGACCGAUCCCACCUCACCUGAGCUGAAGGGAGCUAGAGGGCGUGCCCUGUGUGGGGCCCACUCCUGGAGGGUGACAGCCAUGCGGGGGCCGCGUGCCUUUGGGACCGGCACUUUGAACAAACACAUGACUCUGAGCCUGUUUACGGGGUGGGGUGGGCAUGUCCUCUGGCCUCUGUUCAUGAAUCAUUCACCGGUCCUUUCCAAAGGCUGACCUUGGGGGUCAACAGGCCACACCGCCCCGGGGCCUGGGGACUGGCUGCCCACGCCGGGUACCCUCUGUACCAGCUGGGCAACCCCCAGCUCCGGGUCUUCCGCACCAACUUCUUCAUCCAGUUGGUGCGGCCCGGCAUGGCCCAGCCCGAGGACACCGUGCAGUUCCGGAUCCCCAUGGACUGCGCUUUCCAGGAGGCUGGGCUGUGACUCCUGCACCCGCUCACCAUGGCUUCCAAAGCCUUCGUCCUCAAAUGGGGCCUUCACGGAGGCCCCAGUUGCCGAAGGGACACAGCCUCCCCGUGUCCCAUGCUGAAGUCUGAGCGGUUCCGGGGUUGGCUUGAGCUUCCGUGUGAGCUCAAGCUUCCGAUGACCAGGGUGGACCUCAGGAGUUACCUCGAGCGCAUUUACAAUGUGCCCGUGGCUGCUGUGCGGACAAGGGUGCAGCACGGUUCCAACAGGAGGAGGGAUUACAGGAACGUCAGGAUAAAGAAACCAGAUUACAAAGUGGCGCACGUGCAGCUGGCGCACGGACAGACCUUCACGUUCCCAGAUCUGUUUCCUGAGAAAAAGAGGGCUGAAGGCAGUUCUGUGACUGAGGACCUGCAGGACCAGGUCCUGGAAGACCAGCGGCGGAGGCAGAGCUGCGACCCCCGGCUCGGGGGCGUCCCUGGCUGGUUCGGCCUGUGACGGGCGGCUGACAGCUCAGCUCAAAUAAAAGUGCUGCUUGUGGA